CCGUCGCCGCCGAUCGUAAUCAGGGAAGUCUGGGCCUCCAACCUGGAAUCCGAAUUUGACCUCAUCCGCGCCACAAUCAACGAGUUCCCUUUCAUCUCCAUGGACACCGAGUUCUCGGGCGUUGUCUUCAAGCCGUUCAACAACCACUACUCCUACCGCCACCAAAACCCCUCCGACCACUGCAAGCUCCUGAAAUCCAACGUCGACGCGCUCAAUCUCAUCCAGGUCGGCCUCCCCCUGUCCGACUCCGACGGCAACCUGCCGGAUCUGGGAACCGGAGCGGCGCAGAGGUUCAUCUGGGAGUUCAAUUUCAGGGACUUCGACGUGGAUCGGGACUCACACGCGCCGGACUCCAUCGAGCUGCUGAGGCGGCAGGGGAAUAAAGUUGAAGGGAUUGAUUGCUGA